CCAGACCUCAAAGCAAACUCUUGCCUCCACUGACACCAGUUCAAAAUGCCUGCAGACUACAAUGGACGCUGGGAGAUGGUCAGCAACGAGAACUUCGAGGAAGUCAUGAAGGCCAUCGACAUCGACUUCGCCACCAGAAAGAUAGCCGCCCACCUGCAUCAGACCAAAGUGAUCGUGCAGAACGGAGACAAGUUCGAGACUCAGACCCUGAGCACCUUCAGAAACUACAAUGUCGACUUCACCGUCGGGGUGGAGUUCGAGGAGUACACGAAGGGCCUGGACAACCGAAAGGUCCAGACACUGGUUACCUGGGAUGGAGACAAGCUGGUGUGUGUGCAGAAGGGGGAGAAAGAAAACCGUGGCUGGAAACAGUGGAUCGAGGGAGACAUGCUCCACCUGGAAAUCCACGUCCUCGAUAAACUCUGCAAACAAGUGUUUAAGAAGGCUAAAUAAGAAGGGAACCCACUUCAUCUGCUCAAAAGUCUCUGUUGUGGGUUCAGUGCUGCUGUCUAUUUAUGGUGUAAUUGUGGAGAGCUGUAAUAAAUUAAUUUAAUACCA